AUGGCGUCAAGGAAGCUUUUUUCCGUCAAGCCUAAAUACAUCUAUCCAGUUCCAGAACCAGAGAUCAUGUCCGAAAACGAUGAUAAUGUCUUUGAAUUCGAUGAAUCUGAUAUUCAUCAUAUAGGCGAUCAACAAUCACCGAAUUCAUUUGACACGAAGAGAUCGAGAUCAAUCUCGCGUUUACGUAGAAAACCGACGAAAACCGGAGAUUCCGGUAACCGGAAAACACCGCAAACCGGUUCGCUUCCGGUUAACAUCCCGGACUGGUCGAAGAUUCUAAAGACGCGGCGGAGAGGAUCAUCGUUCACGGUGCACGAAGGGAUCGGUGGAACAGCGAAAGGAAGAGAUUUAAGGCGAUUGAGAAAUGCGAUUUGGGAGAAGAUUGGAUUUCAGGAUUAA